GCUACGAACACCACAUUGACAAGCAGUUUGACAAUACUAUUGAGUGACAAUUGAUAGAUUUCAGGUGGUGGGUGAAAAGUUUUUUUGUUUUCCCUGUUGUAUUUUCCGGAAAAAAUGCCAAUUGAUGUUAAAAUAGAUAUAAUUUAAGAUGAUAGAUUAGGUGAUCAAUGAUCUUUAUGAUUGAAGCCUCAAGUUCCAACAUAUUUCAUAGAGGCAUGCUCAGAUACUCAAAUAUUUUAACCUGUCAACAAGUUACUCAAUGGGAUGAAUGAAGAAGACCUGAUAAAAAGAUCUGCAGAGGAGAGGGAUAGGAUAUUUACACGUUAUGAACAAGGAAGAGACUGUGCAGAAAUUGAUGCCUGGGAAGAUCCAGCACUUGAGGUUUAUCAUACAACAGACAGAUAUGGAUUUAUUCAUGACCAGCGUUUACCAUCCAAAGUGGAUCCGCAAGAAGCCAAAAAAUUAUUAAUUGAAGUAGAAAGAGAAAAGAAAUGGCUAAAAAUGUUAAAAAACUGGGACAAUCCCCAUAGUAAAGAAAAACUACAUUCUCGUGUAUAUAAGGGUAUCCCAAAUUCUUUGCGUAGUGAUGCCUGGUGUAGAUUACUCAAUGUUAAAAAGAUGAAAGAAAGUAAUAAAGGACGGUAUCAAGAAAUGAAAAACUUGGCUCGAAAGUACUCCACAGAUGCUAGACAAAUUGAUUCUGAUGUAAACAGACAGUUUAGAGAUCAUUUGCAGUACAGAGAACGUUACUGUAUUAAACAGCAGAUGCUAUUCAAUGUCUUGACAGCUUAUGCCAUGUAUAAUUCCGAGGUGGGAUAUUGCCAAGGGAUGUCUGGCUUAGCUGGGGUGCUUCUUAUGUAUAUGGAUGAGGAGGAUGCAUUUUGGGCUGUACAUAUUUUGCUUACGGAUCCUAAAUAUGCCAUGCAUGGGUUGUAUAAAGAAGGUUUUCCAAAAUUAACAAGGUUUUUGGCUCAUCAUGACAAGAUCUUAACCAAACUGCUUCCAAAAGUGAAAAAACACUUUGAUAAACAUGGAUUGGAUACAAUUUUGUAUUCAUUAAAAUGGUUUUUUGUUUGCUUUAUUGAAAGGGUUCCAUUUAAUUUAUGUUUGAGAAUUUGGGAUAUAUAUUUGUUAGAUGGUGAAAGAGUAGUUACAGCAAUGGCAUAUACAAUACUAAAAAUGCAUAAGAGAAGUUUGUUAAAAUUCGGUGAUAUGGAUUCUAUUGUAAAUUUUAUUCAGGUUAAGUUGUACAAAGACUUUUUAUUCGAUGAUGAUAUUGUAAUAAGAGAAUUAGAGCACUCAUUAGACUUAUUAAGGAAAUCGAAACUCGAUCAUCCGGGCCCUCCAACUCAAGAUGAACUCCCUCAGAGGCCAUUUGGUUUAUUCAUUGAGCCCAGUUUUGAGGAAAUCGUUGGCAUACGGAAAGAAAAGUUUACAGAAAAGGAAAAGCAAACUCAAGAGAUAGUGACUUUGACUAGUGACCUCGCGCGUGAGUCAGGUGAAAAGGACGAGGACGAAAAGGAAAGCCAUCUAUCGGUCGGCGACUCAGUUGGCGGUUACACAGGCUCCAAAUUCUCCUUUGAUCCCUCAAUGGAUGAUGGCAGCUCCUUGUUGGAUUGUGAGCACGGCGGCUCCCGACGUUCGUUGGCCGAUACUAGUGUAACCUCAACUGCAGAUUUGUCAGUAUUUUCUACGAUAACCAGAUCUCAGGCUCACGAGAAUAGUUUGGAUACUCACAGUAAUAUGAGUGAUAACUCGGUAGGAUCAGGUUAUACCACAGGAUUGCAAAAACCAAUAAUCAUGAGUGCGCAGUCUACUCCGCGCGCCACACCACACAAUCCCAGUCCAGACGUGCUGCGUAUCUAUGUUCCCUACUCUCCAUUGGAAACACCCAUACCAAGUCCACAUAAUGGAGAAGUUCAACGUAUUCCGUGUUCAUUUCCGGAUAUGAACAAAAUCCGGAUCCGGAUCGACAAUGACGAGCUGCCGACGCCGCUCGUCGAACAGGGGCAGAUCAAACAUUUUAGGUUAGAAAGUCCUACAGAGGUUGAUAUCAAUUAAGUUUGAUUAGAAUCUAUGCUAUAAGCUCUGGUUGUAUCAUAUCCAGUAAAAAAAGAUGACUGGAACAUUUAUGUCAAUAUUAGUUAUGGGAUUUUUUUUGCUUUGGAUUAUAACUAUUUACGUUGAUUCCAUAGUAGAUUUACAACGAAGUACCUACAUUAGACAAUACGAGAACAUCGUAAAACCGGACUUAGUCAAUAGUAAAUAUAAAUUAUUAUUGAUUUUUAGCCAAAUCACGAUAAUUUUGUCUGAUUAAGUACUUUAACAACGUCGUUAAACUUUAAGUGUCAUUCUUUUGGGAAAAUAAUUUACGAAUAAAUAUUACAGUUGAAUCCCAUCAAGUGAGUAAAAUACUUUUAGAAAUGUGAUAUCAAACUGCAAAAGUUCGUCUUUCCAAGGACGCUUUAACUUUAUGGCUAUUCACAAAAAAACUUUCUUUUUCUUUUUUUUUAGUUAGAGGAAUACUCUUUAGUGACAGACUAAAUGUAAAGAGAAUUUUAAUUUUAUUUUUUGAUACACUCAUAGAAUUUUGUUAAAAAGCGACACAAUUUUAAAAAAAGUUGUGUCAAAAGACUUUAAAUUUUAACAUUCCGUUUUGUGAUGUAGAACUUAGUUUCUGAAACCAUUUUGCAUUCGUAAUGUUGUGCCGUGGUUGUAUCCUUAAAAAUAUAUUUGCAAUAAAGUUGGUGUGUAACAUGAAAUCAAGUUUUAAAUAAACUUUCAUUGUAAAUUGUUACAAUUAUCAUUUUGGUUAAUUUAAUUAUGUGCCAUAGGAUGUGCACCACUGUUAUGUUUUUAGCUAAUUUAUUUUUGGUAUAAAUGCGGUGAAAGGCUUAAAACAUGUUAGCUGCAAAGAAUAUUUUAGUCAUAAGGAAUUUAGCAAUAGAAACUUAAUCAGGCGCUCGAUUUAGGAAGGAAUUCAAUCUAUCUUCCAAGUUUUCUUUAUUAUUUUUUUUGAUACUAAACAUUUUUUGACUGACUCUGUAGAUGUUGUAGCUACUAUUUUGUUUUUACGUAUUAUAGUCUCCUACAAGGGUUUUUCUUCAUUAUUUGUAUUUUCUCGAAUUUUUCAAAUUCUAAAAUAAUAUUUUUCUCUGUGUAUAGUGUGUGAUACUUGCAAUAAUAUUGUGUACGUAACGUUUUUGAACUCAAAGUGUUCACGAAGUUAGAAUUAAUGAUAAAUUGUUACAUUUCCUUCAUUCUUAGAAUGAUAAUGUCUAAAUUUUGUAAUAAAAAUUUUAUUUACAGAAA